CAAAGAUAAAGUAAUACUAGAACCUUGGCUAGUACUUGCACCAUCACAGCGGAGAGGGAACAGGUGGGCUAAGCUGACAUAAACGGCAUCUUGAAGCUGGAGGCAGCUAUGGAUUUUAGGAUGCAACGAGAGGAGGCAUCAGCCCAGGAGGUGUUCAGCUAUGCCCAGAUGUCCACCCUGGAGCGAAACAGUGGGAUAGGGACGCUGAGUCGGCAUCUGGAGAGAGAGAGGUUGGAGAGAGACCGCUACAUAGUAGAUGUAAGGAAUAGUGACCUACAGCAGGAUAAGCCCGGGCCAUUACAUCCCUGCUUUAGCUACAGAGUGUGGCUUUACAGUGUCGUCAAAGGGAGUAGCUUGCUGAUAGUGGCAGCUUCCUCUCUCUACAUAGGUAAUGUGUUUCCAGCUGCAAUGGACUACCUGCGUUGUGCUGCUGGAUCUAUGAAGCCAUUGGCCGGUUUGACGUUGACAUUAUGCUUGGCUUUCCGGAUUUCAGAGUAUACCAGCAGCAGUGGUGAGCUUCACUAUUGCCAAGAACAGACAAGUUGCACUUGCUAUUAGUCCCUCGGCCAUCAAUAUUAACUUUAACCUGCUCCUGCUUAUUGUGCUGGAAGUGCUCACAGCCAGUUCUGUUAUCCUAUCAGCGCGUUCGGCUGAGGAUUGCUGCAGACAUGUAAAGG